AUGGACUUGUCGCAUAUCAAACAACUUCGAUCAUCCAAUAUCGACGCUCUCCUAGCAUAUGCCGUUUCCAGCGUGGAUGGCAUCAUUCAGUGUGCAUCAGCAAAAAAACACUAUCAGCACAUGUUACUGCCCAGUUUAACAAGUUUUAUCACUACCAUGUAUACACGAUGUCGUUUGACGCCAACUGUUCUCGUUAUUGCUCUCAUCUACCUUGAUCGUAUAAAGCGCAAUCUUCCGAGCCAAGCCCGAGGAGAGUUCGAUACGCAUUACAAGCUUUUUCUCGCUGCCAUUCUUUUGGCUUCCAAAUUCAUCGAAGAUCAUAACCGUCUCACAAAAUCAAUUUGCCGAGCUGUCGCACCUCUCUACGGGCCUCGCGAACUGGCUGAAAUGGAACGCAGCUUCUUAGCCAUCGUCAGCGUAAGUUAA